AUGGUCCUGUCGUUUCCGCCGCGAACGCACGCGGCCCGCAGUCUCGCGCGCGCGCCCUUUUACCCGUCAAAAGCACGUGGCCGCCCGCCGCCGACGACGACGUUCGGACCGAGUGGCAGUCUCUAUGAGCCCUUUUUGUCGUCGCCCGUGUUCAAAAGUAGUCGCAGUGAGUCCCUCCGCUCGACGUGGAUGACCACUGAUAGUGACUCUGUCGUAGGCAGAGACGACGACGACGACGACGACGAAUCGGACAGUGCCACUGCCAACGACGUCGUCGGGUCGCACCGUAUCGGCCAAAGCGUAGACGUUGGCCACGCGGUCGUGCCCUUGCGGCCGCCGCAGCCACUGAGUGACUGGGUCUACUGGCAACGCGACGCCGUGGCGCUGCCCAACUGCUGGACGCGGGUGUUUGCGGUCUUUAGCCGCCCCGACUUGUGGCUCUAUCGCUACGAAGACGCCUCGGCGCGGAGUCUCUUAGUGCGGCUGCGCGUCACUGCGCUCGACGUCGUGUCGGACGCGCGCCAGCUGCAGUUCCACGACGCCGGAGCGACUGCGUGCGUCCAGCUGUGCUUUCCAGAUGCUGCAGCGGUCGACCGAUGGGUCGACGGCGUCACCAGUGCGCUCGUUGCACGGGCGGAACCCACACACGCGACGUCGCAGACGGCUGUGCUGUCAACGAAGCAGCAAAAGAGCUUCUGGGCGGCGGUGCGUGCGACGGUGCGCGACGUGACGACGAAGCAGCAGGUUAGUGCGGGUCAAGCAGACCCGGCGUUCGGUCGAGCGCGUUGCCAGCCGCUAAAGCAGUUGGGCCAGCAGUGGAAACAAGUGACCAGUGCGCUGAAGGGCGCGCUGAGGCCGCAGCAGCUGCGCCGUCGCCGGCAGUUCCGCCAACUUGGCGUGUGA